CAGCUGAUGGUGAGCGGUGGGAUUUUACCCAGGGGUAGGUCACCAUUCACAAUUUCCUGGAGCCAUGUCUGCCAUUGUCAACCUCUUCUUCAAUGUGGUCUCCACCAACACAACCAUCUCCUUCACCGUGGUGCUACCCAUGGUCAGCCUGAUCUCCCUUCUGGUUGGGCUUGGACAUCACCUUCUGCUGUGGUUGGUGCUAGUGAAGAACCCUCACAGUCGCUCCAAGCCCAGCUCCGUACUGCUUCUCAAUCUCAGCCUGGCAGACCUGGGCACCCUGCUCACCCUGCCCUGCGUGCUCCUGAGUGCUAGUUUCCAGAACUGGCAGCUGGGUGGUGGGACCUGCGUUCUCCUGGGAUUCAUGACUUCAGUGACAGUCGGAGUGGAGAUUUUCAGCUUGGCAGCAUUGUCAGUGCUGAGGUAUCGUAUUGUUGCACCACGGAUGAGGCCGCCUGCUAGUCUGACACAAGUGUGAGUAUUGUGUGUAAUGCAAAAAGUGGCUUUGCUAAAAGAUUAGGGUCACUGUGUUGACCUUCAUUUUACAAGUUUCUGUGUGAAAUAUCUUUACAGAAUUUAAAAACCUAAAACAUCAUCGAUGAGAAACGACACACCUGGAUCAUACCAGUCAUUUGGUCCAUAAAACAUAAGAACUUUGUGUAACUUGAGCCACACUCAUCUUUAAACUUGAUGUUAAUCUGACACAUUUAUGGUUUAUUGACAGUAUCGUUUAGAUUUGUGUUUUAAUCCGCC